GCGAGAUUUCGAAGCUGCGGCAGCAGCAGGAGAAAAAGGAAGGUCGACGCUCAUUUCGCGCCCUCCCUAUAAAUACACCCAGCUCCAAUGCCGUCUCCUCCCCGCGCCCGCGCACUACACCCCCACUCCGCCGCCUCCUCCUCCGUCUGCCCGAUCCGACGCCGCACUCAUUCCCCCACGGAGCUUAACUGAAACAGUUGACCAAAACGUGGAAUCAUGAAGAGAGUCUCAUCGCAUGUCUCCAUUGCGUCAGAGGCUGAGAUCAAUCUCGAUCUCUCACGGUUACUAAUUGACAAGCCAAGGUACACGCUGGAGCGGAAGAGGUCAUUUGAUGAGCAGUCAUGGAGCGAGCUCACCCACACCCAUCGGCAAAACGAUGGCUUUGAUAGUGUAAUGCAGUCACCUGCAUUCCGCACUGGGUUUGACUCACCGUUCUCAAUGGGAACACACUUUGGUGAGCCAAGUGGGCCACACCCCCUUGUGAAUGAAGCAUGGGAGGCACUCAGGAAAUCUGUAGUGUAUUUUCGGGGCCAACCAGUUGGUACAAUUGCUGCGGUAGAUCAUGCAUCCGAAGAAGUGCUCAAUUAUGAUCAGGUUUUUGUCCGGGAUUUUGUUCCUAGUGCAUUAGCUUUUCUAAUGAAUAACGAGCCCGAAAUAGUGAAGAACUUUCUGUUGAAAACUCUCCACUUGCAAAGCUCAGAAAAAAUGGUAGACCGGUUCAAGCUUGGAGCAGGAGCAAUGCCUGCAAGUUUCAAGGUGGACCGUAAUAAAAGCAGAAACACUGAAACAUUAGUUGCAGAUUUUGGUGAGAGCGCGAUUGGCAGGGUGGCACCAGUGGAUUCUGGAUUUUGGUGGAUUAUUCUGCUCCGGGCUUAUACAAAGUAUACUGGAGAUGCUAGUUUGUCAGAAUCUCCUGAUUGUCAGAAGUGCAUGAGACUGAUACUGAAUCUCUGCUUAUCUGAGGGAUUCGAUACUUUCCCAACUCUGCUCUGCACAGAUGGGUGCUCAAUGAUCGAUCGUCGAAUGGGUAUAUAUGGUUAUCCUAUUGAGAUCCAAGCUCUGUUCUACAUGGCAUUAAGAUGUGCUCUCCAAAUGCUUAAGCCAGAUGGUGAAGGGAAGGACUUCAUUGAGAAGAUAGGGCAACGGCUGCAUGCAUUAACCUACCACAUGAGAAACUACUUCUGGCUGGACUUCCCACAUCUAAACAAUAUCUAUAGAUACAAAACAGAGGAGUACUCCCACACUGCUGUGAAUAAAUUCAAUGUCAUCCCAGAUUCAAUCCCUGAUUGGGUGUUUGAUUUCAUGCCAUGCCGGGGAGGCUACUUUCUUGGCAACGUCAGCCCUGCCAUGAUGGACUUCAGGUGGUUUGCUCUUGGAAACUGUAUUGCCAUUAUAUCAUCUCUGGCUACUCCUGAGCAGUCAUCAGCAAUAAUGGAUCUGAUCGAGGAGAGGUGGGAUGAACUAGUGGGCGAGGUGCCUCUGAAGAUUUGUUAUCCUGCAAUUGAGAACCAUGAAUGGAGAAUAAUUACUGGCUGCGACCCCAAGAAUACCCGGUGGAGUUAUCAUAAUGGAGGAUCAUGGCCAGUUCUUCUGUGGCUGCUGACUGCAGCCUGUAUCAAGACCGGGCGGCCACAAAUGGCGAAGCGCGCCAUCGAGCUCUCCGAGGCUAGGCUUCUGAAGGAUGGCUGGCCCGAGUACUAUGACGGCAAGCUGGGAAAGUUUGUAGGUAAGCAGGCCAGGAAGUUCCAAACAUGGUCCAUUGCAGGCUACCUGGUAGCCCGGAUGAUGCUGGAGGACCCGUCAACGCUCAUGAUGAUCUCCAUGGAGGAAGACCGGCCUGUGAAGCCGACAAUGAGGCGGUCGGCGUCGUGGAAUGCCUGAAAGGCUGGGUGGUUGUUUCUUAAGAUAUUUCUUUUACUUCAAUGGUUGGUUCGGCAGAAAAAAGGUCCGGACUUGGUUGUAAUUGAACUCUGUCAGUUAGGACAGAAGUGUAUACGGCAGAUGAUCGAUCCUAGAAGCUACACUGCAUUUUCUUACUGUCAAACCUUUGAUUUUGCUAUUAAACCAGCAAGCGAAGAUUCUACUUUGGUGAUACCUCAAAUCGAUUUAA